AUGCCACGUUCCAGACUGAACGAGCCCGAAGAGAUCAACUUUUCCAGCUCGUCCGAGCCAGUCGACACUGACUCCGCCUCCGCAAGUGAUGCAGAAUUUCCCAGUCCGCCCCCGAAGCGCAGGCGCAUAUCGCAAGACAGCGAAGACCGACCAAGUCGGAUUCCACCAACUUCACUCUCUCGAGUAAAGAAAUCAGCCGACUCCAACUCCAAUCCGUCUGCUUCUACUAUCACCGCUCAGGCUCCUCUACAACAUGGCUCGACAUCAACAGGCCAGCCCUCGGUACCCACUACAUCGACGACUUUCCAGGCCCUGAACGUGGCGCCCUGGCUGGUGCAUUCGCUCGCGGCCAUGGCUAUUCAGCACCCCACGGAGAUUCAAAGAGCCUGUAUACCCGAAAUCCUGAAAGGGCGGGACUGCAUCGGAGGUUCGCGGACGGGAACAGGAAAAACAGUGGCAUUUGCAGUGCCCAUCCUACAGAAAUGGGCGGAAGAUCCAUUCGGGAUAUAUGCGGUGGUGCUCACACCCACGCGAGAACUGGCGCUACAAAUAUUUGAACAGUUCCAAGCGCUAGGGACGCCUCAAAACCUCAAGACUGUCCUGAUCACCGGAGGCACCGAUAUGCGACCACAAGCAAUUGCACUCUCUCGCCGGCCGCACAUUGUGGUCGCAACGCCUGGCCGUUUAGCCGACCAUAUCCUCAAUUCCGGCCAGGACACAGUGGGUGGGCUGUCGCGCGUCAAAGUGGUGGUACUGGACGAAGCCGACCGGCUGCUCGCACCGGGACGAGGAUCAAUGCUCCCGGACCUCAACACAUGCUUGUCCGCCUUGCCACCCUCCUCAUCACGGUUGACGCUCCUGUUUACAGCGACCGUGACGCCUGAAGUGCGUGCUCUGCAGGACCUGCCACGGCCGAAAGACCGUCCACCGAUCUUCGUGUCGGAAAUCACAGACGCUGCUGACCCGUCUAGCGUGACUUCUCUCAUUCCAUCGACACUCUCACAAACAUAUCUCCAGAUUCCAAUGACGCACAAGGAUGCGUUUUUGCAUGUUUUGCUUCUGGUUCCGUCUCUCGCGGACCCAAAAGCAGGAGGAGAACUCGGACUUUCACCAAGCAUCAUUGUUUUCGUCAACCGCACCACCACAGCGGACACUCUACACCGCACGCUCCUACAAUUAGGGCAUCCGGUAACGGCGCUCCAUUCGGACCUCGCGCAAAUCCAACGUACUCGAAACCUCGCAGAUUUCCGCGCCCGCAAAGCCCGGAUUCUUAUCGCCACCGACGUCGCCUCAAGAGGUUUGGAUAUUCCCGACGUGGAAUAUGUGAUUAAUUUCGACGUCCCGCGCAACCCGACCGACUAUGUCCAUCGAGUUGGACGGACGGCCCGUGCGGGUCGCAAGGGUACCAGCAUCACUUUUGUCGGCCAGCGCGAUGUGGCUUUGAUUCUGGCCAUUGAGGACUAUGUCGGUGUCAAAAUGGCCGAGUGGUCUGAGGAGGGUGUCAAUGUCGAAACUCGCGUCGUCAAGGGCAGGACCCUCAAGGACGUCGCGGAGGCUCGCAUGGAGGCUCUGCGUGACCUCGAGUCCGGCAAGGAUGUUAAUGGCUGGCGGAGGAAAUUGAAAAAGGAUCGCAAAGCGAGGAACGAGGUGUGA